AUGAACCGGCGCUCACCGCCGCACUCUGAGCCCAUGUCUUUCCCUUUGUCGCUGGACGACACAUACGGCGUCCUGUUUGUCGGAAUUGCGGUAUCCGGUGUUCUCCUCGGCAUAUCUUGUCUCCAAGGUUAUCUAUUCCACGAUAGGUUUCCAAACGAACCCGCACUCAUUAAAUUCGUCAUUUCUCUCCUGGUAACCCUCGAUAUAGCAACGUUCAUCUUCAGUGUCCAUGCUAUAUACCACUACACGUUCGCCAUCGGUGGCGCUCUGGAGGCCUUGUUUUUACCAUUUUGGAGCCUCAAGGUCUCAUUUGUGUUGGGACAUACACUCGUCCCGAUUGUACAGACGAUGUAUUGCUUUCGUUUAUGGAAGCUGUCCGGCGGCGACUGGCUAGUUCCCAUGAUUGUGAGAGUGCGAUUAGUGAUGAUGGAUGUCCGAAUAAUCGAGUUGCAAUCGUUCCUAGAGGUGCUCAAUGAAAAGGUGGUUCUCAUAUAUUGGCCAUUCUCGGCCGCUAUACUGGUGGACACCACGAUUGCUAUUUCGACGUGCUACUAUCUGCAUCGUACACGGUCCAAGUCCGUCCCCCUACGUUCGAUCGUCGAGACUCUCAUCGUGUGGGUCCUUGGAACCGGCGCUUUGACAACCAUAUGCGCCAUCCUCAUCCUCGUGGUAUUCCUUGUCGAACCGGACACCUUCGUCUACCUCGCCUUGGACGUGUGUGCUGUCAAAAUAUACCUGAACAGUUACCUUGCAAUGUACGCCGCGCUCUCGAACUUUUAA